UUUGCUUUUUUUGCGACAGCCACACUGUUUUCAGUAUAGUUUAUAAACAAAUUGCUAGCAAGAGACAAAUCAGUAAAACAACGAAAGCGUAAUCUAGGAAUUGAGUGAACAAAUGGAUCUCAACAUGAAACCCUCCUUGGCCGCCGAUGAGAUGUUCUCCGAAGGUCCUGGUUACAUGGAAAUGGAUGAAUCUGGCGGUGCCACCGGGAUGAUGAUGGAUCAUUUGCCAAAUGACAAACAACAUGUUCAUGCCGACUUCUAUAACGAUUUCGACGAUCUCUUUGAUGACGACAAUUGGGCCAAAAUCAAAAACUCCACCGAAAAUGCCAAAUAAGUUUUUUGUGAAUGUAGCUUAAACCAGUUGGCAAUAAAGUUAAUCUAAUUACAUUUA